UGUUAUUUCUUAGAUUUCAUUGUGACGUUGUUAAAUGUUCACCACGGAGUUUUCUUUCCAGUGAUAAAAAAAAUCUCACCAAAAUUUCACGGCAUUCGGCCAAAACUUCCCUCACCCGCACGAGUAGUAAAGUAAUCUUGCGCACAUUGACAUGAGGGGCUGGUUGCCAAAUGCCAUCCCCCCGCAGCCCAUGCCAACAGCUAUGUCUGAACCACCGCCUCUCAUGCGGACUGCGUCAGCGACAACGGUAGAACCAAAGUGGCUUCGGGAAGACUCUGCUGGAAGGGACGAGGAAUGGAGUCCGUCAGGGUGUGUGAGGAGGACCCAGAGCGGCUCCUCUCCCGUAGACAGUGGUUCCGAGAGCGUCUUUCAGCCAGUUGGCAAGGACGAGAUCAAGAUUGAAGUCCAUUCACCAAAGGUUGAGCGGCCGUCGUCUCCCUCGGCGUCGGACGACGAUCCUUUGUCAGACCGCGCUGCGCAGUCUCUAGUGAGGAAGGAAGUGUUCCGGUGUCGGUCGCCGUCACCGUCUGAGGACUUCAUCGGGUUCACUGAGGUGGACCGGGACAAUGCUUGUUACAUCUCCAAUGCAAAAAGGAGUCUGUUAUUGCGUGACCAGUCGGACAUUCGAGACUCUGCGGAAGUCUUUGCUGAAGGAGUGAGCAUCGACAGUCAACGUUUCGUCAUAAACUACCGGGACGUGGCUGGUCUCGAUGAUGGCAACAUAUUUUGUGACGUAUGCUGCCGUGAUUUGGACGGGGAAUGUCGUAUCCAUGGAGCUCUGAAGGUCAUAUCCGACACCAAGGCACGACCCGGUAUCGGAGAUUCCGAAAGGGAUGUCAAAACGCUGCCGCCUUCUCUUAGCUCGGCUCAGUCAAGAAAUCCAGUAUCUGGCACCGGAGUCUGGACUGAAAAGGAUGUUCCGGCGCGCCAAAGACUCGGUCCUUACGAGGGCACCCUGACCACCGAGCAGGCUCGGGCCCGAACGCCCGGGUACAAAUGGCAGAUCAGGAAGGGCCAACGCGUGCAUCACUUGGUGAAUACAGAAGACCCGAGCUGCAGCAACUGGCUCAGAAGGGUCAACUGUGCCCGCUCAGAGGAAGAACAAAACCUAGUGGCCUUCCAGUACCGGGGUCAGAUAUACUUCAGGACGUCAAAGCCCAUUCCGCGGGGCUCAGAGCUGCUGGUGUACUACGGAGACGAAUCGGCCCGGGAGCUGACCGUCCACUCGGAGACGUCUGGGGAGGCUGUGACCUCCUCUUCCGCCGGACCGUCAUCGUCAGGUAUUGGUGGUCCACUUCAGUGUCUCCACUGCAACUACAGAUGUCUGGGACAAGAUCGUUUGGACACACACGUGAAGAGAGUUCAUGGCAAUAUCGGCAGGAACGGCAGGCACUAUUGCGAAUGGUGCCUGUACUCCACCAACCGUUUGAACAGUUUCAGUAGUUCGGUCCAGUGUCCCCACUGCGACUCGCGAUGUCUGGGACCAAAGCAUCUGGACAGACACGAUAAGAGCCGUCACAGUCACACUGGCAGGAAUGGCAGAUUCAAGUGCGAGUGGUGCCAGUACUCCACCGACGACUCCAGUUCUAUAAAAUGCCACCGUAGGAUCCAUACGGGGGAGCGGCCACACCGCUGUGAUAUAUGUGACAAGACGUUUGCUCAGCAACGCCAGCUGACGAUUCACCGCCGCAUACACACUGGCCAGAGACCGUACAAGUGUGAUGUCUGCAAGAAAUCAUCCAGACAGACCAGUGCCCCGACAAGACACAGACUCGUCCACACCGGCGAGAAGACUCAUCAGUGUGAACAAUGUGCCGCUACGUCUACCCAGCUGUCGACUUAUAAGGUUCAUAUGAAGAUACACCAAGGUGUGAAACAGUACGGAUGUCAUGUGUGUUCGGCACGUUUUAUUGGCCGAUCAGAUCUCAUGGCACACUUAAGCAGCCACACGGGGAAUCAGCCUUUCGGCUGCUCAAUCUGUCCGCUACGGUUCACUCAACGGUCAAAACUCACCGAACAUUUGCGAACCCACACGGGGGAGCGGCCGUACGGGUGCUCCAUCUGCCCGACACGAUUCACUCAACGAGGACACCUCACGAGACACAUGCGUAUCCACACUGGGGAGCGGCCGUAUAAUUGCUCCAUCUGCACAGCACGGUUCGCUGACCGAGCAAGUCUCAACCGUCACAUGCGGACCCACACGGGGGAGCAGCCGUACAAGUGCUCCAUCUGCACGGCACGAUUCACUCAACUGGGUACCCUUACGACACACAUGCGUAUCCACUCUGGAAAUCAGCCGCACGGCUGCUCCAUCUGCCCGGCACGAUUCACUCAACGAGGACACCUCACGAGACACAUGCGUAUCCACACUGGGGAGCGGCCGUAUAAUUGCUCCAUCUGCCCAGCACGAUUCACUGAACGGUCAAAACUAGUCGAACACAUGAGGACCCACACGGGUGAGCGGCCUUACGGAUGCUCCGUCUGUACGGCACGAUUCAUUAAACGGGGUGCCCUCAAGACACACAUGCUUAUCCACUCUGGGGAGCGGCCGUUCGGCUGCUCCAUCUGCCCGGCUCGAUUCGCUACACGGUCAGGCCUAAACAGGCACAUGCGGACCCACACGGGAAGACGGUAGCUCUCUUUGCAAGGUCCAGUUCACUGAACAGUCAAGCCUCAUCAGCCAUAUGCGAGGUCACACAAGGUCCGCGAUGACUUAGUGUAUAGGGGCCCUUCAACCCGACUUUGUAGCGAGCUUUCUUCGGUUAGUACUGGGGUUGGUGUCCAUGGGCCACUGCUUGUGUCUUUGAUUAUUUGGAUUUGAUAAUAAUCACCGAAUGAACUAGCGUAUUGAUUGCGAAUCGAGUGUCGGUGAUGUGAGAGAUGUGAUUGUGAACCGUGUGAUCAGCCGGAUGACGCUUGUAGCUGGAUUGAUCGGCUGGAGCGGGAGCUGUAUGCUCUGAACGAAGUGCAGUGCCGAAUCGUUUAGCUACCACUGUACCAAGAACUCCGAGUUUUCGAGUUGUCUUGCGUGUUUGUGCGGUGUGGCGCUGCAACUGGAAGGAGAGUGAUGUUCCGCGACUUAUGUGAAUACAGUGUGGAAACUUAG